UAAAAAUAACAACAGAUCUAAGCUUGCAGCGGGAGCACUGCGGAAACAGACGGCGAAGUGGCGCUAUCUCCUGGUAAUCCUGCCUCCAACAUAAAUUUUACAUAGGUAGGAUGACUGAUACUCUCUGUGUAAAACGCCUUUUCUUAAUUUUACUCUUCCUUACAGGGAUAGGUUACCUGGGCAAAAUGGAACGCAGCUGUGGCGCUACUACUGACGACUUCCCGUUACCUAGCUACAAUAGCGAGAGCGGUGCUGGACCUGCCCCCUCUGCUGACCCCACCCCCAGCCCUGCCCCUGGCCACGCCCUGUACAGCGUGAGGAGCUCAGCUAUGGUUGAUGUGAGCAAGUGGCCCCUGUUCACCCUGCUGGGGGCCCAGGAAAUCGCCUCCAUCCGACAGGCAUGCAUCUUUGGCACCUCCGCCAACGAGGCCAUCUACAUCACCCAUGACGACGAGGUGUUUGUGUUUGGGCUGAACUGCAGCAACUGCCUGGGAACGGGAGACAACCAGAGCACCAUCACGCCCAAGAAGCUGGAGUGUUUGAGCGGGAAGAAGGUGGCGAGCCUCAGCUACGGCAGCGGCCCCCACGUGCUGCUGGCCACUGAAGAGGGCGAGCUGUAUGCCUGGGGACACAAUGGCUACAGCCAGCUGGGCAACGGCACAACCAACCAGGGCGUGUCGCCCGUCCUGGUGUCCGCCAACCUCCUAAACAAGAAGGUGACGGAGGUGGCGUGUGGCUCGCACCACUCCAUGGCCCUGACCUCGGAGGGAGAGGUGUACGCCUGGGGCUACAAUAACUGCGGCCAGGUGGGCUCGGGAUCCACAGCCAACCAGCCCACGCCCCGGAAGGUGUCCAACUGUCUCCAGUACAAGGUGGUGGUCAGCAUCGCCUGCGGACAGACCUCCUCCAUGGCUGUGGUGGACAACGGGGUGGUGUACGGGUGGGGCUACAACGGUAACGGCCAACUCGGGAUGGGGAACAACGGGAACCUGCUGACCCCAUGCCGGCUGGCGGCCCUACAGGGCUACUGCGUCCUGCAGAUCGCCCUGGGCUACGCGCACUCACUUGCACUAACAGACGAGGGCUUGCUGUACGCCUGGGGGGCUAACACCUACGGCCAGCUGGGCACGGGCAACAAGAGCAACCAGCUGAACCCGGUCCAGAUCAUGGCCGAGAAGGAGAGGAUCGUGGAGAUCGCGGCCUGCCACUCCACGCACACGUCGGCGGCGAAGACGCAGAGCGGCCAGGUGUACAUGUGGGGGCAGUGCCGGGGCCAGUCCAUCGUGCUGCCGCACCUCACACACUUCACCUGCACCGACGACGUCUUCGCCUGCUUCGCCACGCCCUCCGUCAUGUGGCGCCUGCUGUCUAUGGAGCACGAUGACUUCCUAACGGUGGCCCAGUCCUUGAAGAAGGAAUUUGACAGCCCAGAGACAUCAGACCUCAAGUUCCGGGUGGACGGGAAGUACAUCCAUGUCCACAAGGCGGUUCUCAAAAUCAGGUGCGAUCAUUUCCGAUCCAUGUUCCAGUCCCACUGGAACGAGGACAUGAAGGAGGUGAUCGAGAUCGACCAGUUUUCCUAUCCCGUCUAUCGCUCCUUCCUCGAAUUCCUCUACACUGACAAUGUGGACCUGCCCCCUGAGGACGCGAUUGGCCUGCUGGACCUGGCCACCUCGUACUGUGAGAACCGGCUGAAGAGGCUUUGCCAGCACAUCAUAAAGAGGGGGAUCACCGUGGAGAACGCCUUCACCCUGCUGUCCGCUGCUGUCCGCUACGACGCCGAGGACCUGGAGGAGUUCUGCUUCAAGUUCUGUGUGAACCACCUGACGGAGGUCACCCAGACGGCGGCGUUCUGGCAGAUCGACGGGAACAUGCUGAAAGAGUUCAUCUGCAGGGCCAGCCGCUGUGGAGCCUUCAAAAACUGACCCCUCCCCUCACCCCCACAGCCCCGGGAAACCGCAAAUGACUCUCUGCACCCCCUCCAGAGGCGCUGCUACUGCAGGAGCCUGCUCCUCCACUCAGACAGGGGGCGCUCUGGGCAGGGUUAAUUUCUCUCGCGCACCUGCUGUGAGUUUGGGCCUCACUGCUAUUGGCUUCAGCACGAGACGGGCACCGCAGAGCAAGCUGCACCCGACCACACGAACAUGUACCUAAGGAAUUCUGGGGGAGACUUGGUCCUGCUUCUCCUUUCCUGUGAGUUCAGGACACAGUUUCAGGAUGCUAGCUGUAUUCUGUUGUACAGUGAUGACACUUUAGGAAGGGGUGAUCGUUAUUCAUUCAUUUUUCCCCUCUUUCCCUACGUGACCAAUGGAAGGAUGUCUGCCUGUGGUUUAGAGAACGGCAGUAGUCCUUCUGAAAGCUACAAACUGGAGGAUGAAGGAAGGGGGUGGGAAGGAGAAUGUCCCCCCCGCCCACCUGAUGUGCAGUAACUUCUGGGAAAUGGUUGUUGUGGCCCCUGGGGCUGUUCCAGACACUGGCUGUCCCUCAGCAUCAUUGCGACACACUGACUGAAACGCACUGUGGGUUGGCCCGUGGGGCUACACCUCUAAACAAGGUCACUGGAAUAUGUCUGGGCUUAAUUUCGUGGUGAAUCCAGGUGUGUGGGUUCAGGUGCAAAGGACAGGUAACCUGAGCCCCUGGCUGUGGUGCUCUCACCUGAGGUUCAGGGUCUGAUGCCGUUAACUCAAUCAUUCCUCCUGUUGAUUUGAUAUGAAAGUUUACUAUCUGUGGAGAUGGAGAGUAUGAACGUUUUAUUUCUGUAAUUCAUUAUCAGGAUGUAAUUAAGUUGCACUUUACAUAGGGAAAAAAAAAUCAUCUGAGAAAGUGAUGUAAGACUUCAUACUCUUUAAAUUAGAAGUGCUGUCUGUAGUCCUGCCUGCGUUCUGGAGUGAGAUGUGAUCUUUCCUGUGAUGCAGCUUUGCGCACAGCGGGUGACCAAACGGAGCAGACGGCAGUGGCAAGAAGUCGCGCUGCUGUGGGAAGCUCCACUCCGUUACAGGCUCUGCACAUGCAACACUCAUCAAUACUACUACAAUACUCAUUGCUCUACGGUUUAUACUUCAGGCCAGGGUUGGCUUCUGCAGCUACUCGCUUCAUGAAUAACUGACAUUAUGCAUUUCAAGGAUUAAUGUGAAGAGAAACCAGUGGCGUUUUGUCUUUUCAGGAGACGUCAACCUUUACCGCACUGAUGUCUGCAGUGGCUUCCAGUGCUUCCUCUGGCUGGAAGGGCUUAAGCACUUGCACGCUGUGUUUUUACCCAUGAGCCUCUAGUGCCGCACUUCUGUUACCUUGAACAUUAACUGCUUCAGUCACUGUUUUAAUGGUUUGUCACGGGUGUUGCUGUAGCUAUCUGAGUAAAGUGUGUAAAUGCACCUGGGUGGUAAUGACAUCAGCUGUAGUGCUUAUUUCAGUGGGUUAGAGGCCACUUGCUAGUGCAUUUUGUUAUAUCGAGUUUGCACUACAUGUAGAAUGUACAGGAAUAUGAAUGAUCUGCCUCCAUGAGCUUUUUAGAAUUUAAAUUCGAGUUAAGUUUGCAAAUUUUAAACCCAUUAAAGUGCUUUGUUACAAAGGUUACUUGGUGUAAAUAUAAUUUAGUCCUGUUUUCUCCCUGAGUGAACUGGAGUCUGUUCUGAGCAAACGGGAAGUGACGCACGGACCAAUCACGUGGCACGCUUUCCAUCUUUGGUCUGACUGCUUGUAAUUGGAUAAAAACUGCACUAUUCAAUUGUUUCUCUU